ACAAACCGGAAGAAGAAGAACAACGUGCAGUGUGACGUCGAACCUCUGCGCCGCCUGAAACAGCCGCACGUGUUGUUUUUCGUGGACGUUUGAGUGCUUUAAUAUUUCUGUACUGGAGUGUAAAACACCACAGAUACAAAGAUGGGGAAGAAACUCAAAGUUGGAAAAACCAGGAAGGAUAAAUUCUACCACCUGGCUAAAGAAACAGGUUAUCGCUCUCGUUCUUCCUUCAAACUCAUCCAGCUCAACCGUAAAUUUCAGUUUCUACAGAAAGCCAGAGCUGUGGUGGAUCUGUGUGCUGCUCCUGGAGGAUGGUUGCAGGUGGCGUCCAAGUUUAUGCCUGUAUCAAGUAUCAUUAUUGGUGUUGAUCUGGUGCCCAUCAAGCCCAUCCCCAGCGUGGUGACGCUGCAAGAAGACAUUACCACUGACAAAUGCAGAACGGCUUUACGAAAGGAACUGCAGACAUGGAAGGUCGACGUUGUCUUAAAUGACGGAGCCCCAAAUGUGGGAGCCAACUGGGUACAUGACGCCUUCUCACAAGCUCAUUUGACCCUCAUGGCGAUGAAGUUGGCCUGUGAGUUUCUCGCCAAAGGUGGCACUUUCGUCACCAAGGUCUUCCGCUCCAAAGACUACCAGCCACUGCUCUGGAUUUUCCAGCAGCUCUUCAAGAAGGUGCAGGCCACCAAGCCGCAGGCGUCCAGGAACGAGUCCGCCGAGAUCUUUGUCGUCUGUCAGGGUUUUCUUGCCCCAGAUAAAAUCGACAGUAAGUUUUUUGACCCCAAAUAUGCAUUCAAAGAGGUGGAGGUGCAGGCCAAAACUGUGAGGGAUCUGAUUCCUGUCAAGAAGGCAAAGGCGGAGGGAUACGCAGAUGGUGAGCUGACACUCUACCACAGUUUCACAGUGACAUCCUUUCUGAGGGCAGACAACGCCAUAGACUUUCUGAACAAAGCCAGUGAGAUCACCUUUGACAACUUUGACCUGGAGUGUCAACCGGCCACCACUGAUGAGAUAAAGGAGUGCUGUCGCGACAUCAAAGUCUUGGGCCGCAAAGAGCUCCGCCUGCUGCUGAACUGGAGGAGGAACCUGCGGAGAUAUCUGGCCAAAAAACUGAAGGGGGAGGCCAAACCGCUCGACCCGGAGAUCAAAUUAAGUUCUGAUGAAGAAAAGGGCGAUUCAGAUGAAGAAUCUGACAAGAAGAAGAAGAAGAAAGAGGCGAAGGCGACGGGGGAGGAAGAGGAGGAAGAGGAGGAAGAGGAGGACGAGGAGGCAGAAAUGGAGAAGAAACUGGCAGAACUGAAAGCUGAGGAAGUGUCUGAGCUCAAAAGGAAGAAGAGGAAGCUGCUGAAGGAGCGAAGGAAGCAGAGGGAGAGGGUGGAGCUGAAGAUGGAUCUGCCUGGCGUCUCCAUCGCAGAUUCCAACGACUCAUCCAUGUUCUCGCUCAGCGCCAUCAAGAAGAAACAGGCGCUGGCUGAUCUAGCCAAGGGGGACAUGCAGUUGGCAGACAACCUGGUAGAUGAAGAUGACGACCUCCACCUGUCUGAGGAAGAGGAUGAUGAGGCGGAUAAAAUGUCCCUGGCCUCUGAUUUAAGUGAUGAUGACAUGGAAGAGGUGGAGCAGAGACAGAAAGAUCUAGAGAUGAAGGCACCAAAGAAGAAAGUAAAGUUCACAGAAGCGGAGGACGAUGAGGAGGAUGAAGGGCAGGGUAGCGGCUUGCUGGUGGAACUGGAGGGAAAGGAUGAGAAGAAGGAACGAGAGGCCAACCUGUGGUUCAGCAAGGGCAUAUUCUCCGAGAUCGACAUGGAAGGAGACGCAGAGAGCGAGCUCCGACAGACCGAGUUGCUUCAGAACAAAAAAGCUGCCAAAAAGAGGAAAGCUGAAGAAGAGGAAGAGGAGGAGGAGGAGGAAGAGGAGGCUGCCCCACCUGCGGAAGAAAAGGCGGGACCUUCAAAAGAAGCUGAAGAGGAGAGUGACAGCGACUCAGAUGACAGCAGUGAAGACGAGAAGGAGAUUACCAAGAUGAAGCAGGUCACUAAAGGGGCUGGCGGGGCUGGCGGGGCUGGCGGGGUUUCAGAAGAGGCCAAUGAUGAGAACUUCCAGGUUGUUCCUGUAGAAAGCAUCAGUAAGAGAGCCAGGAUCCUGAAUGCAGAGGGUCUGGCCCUGGGCUGUCAGAUCGCCACGUCUAAGAAGAGAGCUAGGGACCUGGUGGACGGCUCCUUCCACAGGUUUGCUAGCUCCGAGGAGGUGUGGGACGUACCGGCAUGGUUCCUAGACGAUGAAGGGAAACACCGGAAGAAGCCGACGCCGGUCACCAAGGAGAUGGUGGAGGAGUUCAAACAAAAAUGGAAGGAGAUCGAUGCCCGACCCAUCAAACGAGUCGCUGAGGCCAAGGCCAGGAAGAAGAGGAGGAUGCUGAAGAAGAUGGAAUCGGCUAAGAAGAAAGCAGAAGCAGUCGUCAACAUAGUGGACAUCUCCGAGAGGGAGAAGAUGGCUCAGUUGAAGAGUAUCUACAAGAAAGCAGGCCUGGGGAAGGAGAAGAGAGAAGUAACAUACGUCGUGACCAAAAAGGGGGCUGGCAGGAAGGUGAGGCGUCCGGCCGGCGUCAAGGGAGCCUUCAAAGUGGUGGACGGUCGCAUGAAGAAAGACAUGCGGGCGAUGCAGAGGAAAGACACUAAAGGGGGCAAAGGAAAAGGCGGAAAAGGCGGCAAAGGAGGAGGACAGACAAAGGGUGGCAGAGGAGGGAUGAAGGGUGGUAAAGGGCGAAAAGGAAAAUAAAUGUGAUCCUGUAGCACUCUCACAGUGUUGCCUUUCUAACUAUUUAACAUGUCGCAGGUGAGCAUUUAUGGAGCUUUGUGAGCUAAGAUGUCUGCCACACUUUGGGCUCCUGUAUCAUGUACAGAGGCCAAAAUUAGUUUUGGUCAUUCACAUGGAUGCCCUCAUUUUAGGACCUUUCGCUGAGGCUCCUGAAACCUCUUGACAUAAUGUUCUCCGUGUUCUGCGCACGUUUUUCUGAAGAUGUAGAUUAUUUGUCCUGAACUCUGAACGGAGUAGUUUAACUGAACAGCUGAACUGUAAAUGGCAGAAAAUCAAGUAAAAACAUAAUAAAUGUGUUCUCCAGAAAUGUUGCUAUUAAUGUAAAUAUUAUAUACACAUUUUUUGCAAUAAAAGUUUUGUUGAAUCUUUAA